AUGAAAAGUAUCGAAAAGAUAUCGAAAAGUAUCGAAAAGAUAUGGAAAAGUAUCGAAAAGAUAUCGAAAAGUAUCGAUAUAUCGAAAAAUAUCGAAAAGUACCGAAAAGAUAUCCAAAAGUACCGAAAAGAUAUCGAAAAGUACCGAAAAGGUAUCGAAAAGUACCGAAAAUAUAUCGAAAAGUAUCGAAAAGAUAUCGAAAAGUAUCGAAAAGAUAUCGAAAAGUAUCGAAAAGAUAUCGAAAAGUAUCGAAAAGAUAUCGAAAAGUAUCUAUAUAUAAUGAAAAUAUCGAUAUAUAAUGAAAAGUAUCGAAAAGAUAUCGAUAAGUAUCGAAAAGAUAUCGAUAAGUAUCGAAAAGAUAUCGAUAAGCAUCGAAAAGGUAUCGAUAAGUAUCGAAAAGAUAUCGAAAAGUAUCGAAAAGAUAUCGAAAAGUAUCGAAAAGACAUCGAAAAGUAUCGAAAAGAUAUCGAAAAGAUAUCGAAAAGUAUCGAAAAGAUAUCGAAAAGUAUCGAAAAGAUAUCGAAAAGUAUCUAUAUAUAUCGAAAAUACCGAAAAGAUAUCGAAAAGUACCGAAAAGAUAUCGAAAAGUACCGAAAAGAUAUCAAAAAGUACCGAAAAGAUAUCGAAAAGUACCGAAAAGGUAUCGAAAAGUACCGAAAAGAUUUCGAAAAGUAUCGAAAAGAUAUCGAAAAGUAUCUAUAUAUAAUGAAAAAUAUCGAUAAGUAUCGAAAAGAUAUAGAUAAGUAUCGAAAAGAUAUCGAUAAGUAUCGAAAAGAUAUCGAAAAGUAUCGAAAAGACAUCGAAAAGUAUCGAAAAGAUAUCGAAAAGAUAUCGAAAAGUAUCGAAAAGAUAUCGAAAAAUAAGUAUCGAAAAGAUAUCGAAAAGUAUCGAAAAGAUAUCGAAAAGUAUCGAAAAGACAUCGAAAAGUAUCGAAAAGAUAUCGAAAAGAUAUCGAAAAGUAUCGAAAAGAUAUCAGAAAGUAUCGAAAAGAUAUCGAAAAUAUCGAUAUAUAGUGAAAAGUAUCGAAAAGAUAUCGAAAAGUAUCGAAAAGAUAUCAAAAAGUAUCGAAAAGAUAUCGAAAAGUAUCGAAAAGAUAUCGAAAAGUAUCGAUAUAUCGAUAAGUAUCGAUAUAUCGAUAAGUAUCGACAUAUCGAUAAUACCGAUAUAUCGAAAAGUACGGAAAAGAUAUCGAAAAGUAUCGAAAAGAUAUCGAAAAGUAUCGAAAAGAUAUCGAAAAGUAGCGAAAUAAUAUCGAAAAGUAUCGAAAAGAUAUCGAAAAGUAUCGAAAAGAUAUCGAAAAAUAUCGAUAAGUAUCGAAAGGAUAUCGAUAAGUAUCGAAAAGAUAUCGAUAAGUAUCGAAAAGAUAUCGAUAAGUAUCGAAAAGAUAUAGAUAAGUUUCGAAAAGAUAUCGAAAAGUAUCGAAAAGACAUCGAAAAGUAUCGAAAAGUUAUCGAAAAGUAUCGAAAAGAUAUCGAAAAGUAUCGAAAAGUUAUCGAAAAGUAUCGAAAAGAUAUCGAAAAGUAUCGAAAAGAUAUCGAAAAGUAUCGAAAAGAUAUCGAAAAGUAUCUAUAUAUAUCGAAAAUAUCGAUAUAUAAGUACCGAAAAGAUAUCGAAAAGUACCGAAAAGAUAUCGAAAAGUACCGAAAAGAUAUCGAAAAGUAUCGAAAUGAUAUCGAAAAGUAUCGAAAAGAUAUCGAAAAGUAUCGAAAAGAUAUCGAAAAGUACCGAAAAGAUAUCGAAAAGUACCGAAAAGAUAUCCAAAAGUACCGAAAAGAUAUCGAAAAGUACCGAAAAGAUAUCGAAAAGUACCGAAAAGAUAUCGAAAAGUACCGAAAAAUUUUCGAAAAGUAUCGAAAAGAUAUCGAUAAGUAUCGAAAAGAUAUCGAUAAGUAUUUAUAUAUAAUGAAAAUAUCGAUAUAUAAUGAAAAGUAUCGAAAAGAUAUCGAUAAGUAUCGAAAAGAUAUCGAUAAGUAUCGAAAAGAUAUCGACAAGUAUCGAAAAGUUAUCGAUAAGUAUCGAAAUUUUAUAGAUAAGUAUCGAAAAGAUAUCGAAAAGUAUCGAAAAGAUAUCGAAAAGUAUCGAAAAGACAUCGAAAAGUAUCGAAAAGAUAUCGAAAAGAUAUCGAAAAGUAUCGAAAAGAUAUCGAAAAGUAUCGAAAAGAUAUCGAAAAGUACCGAAAAAAUAUCGAAAAGUAUCGAUAUAUCGAAAAAUAUCGAAAAGUAUCGAUAUAUCGAAAAGUACCGAUAUAUCGAAAAGUACCGAAAAGAUAUCGAAAAGUAUCGAAAAGAUAUCGAAAAGUGCCGAAAAGAUAUCCAAAUGUACCGAAAAGAUAUCCAAAAGUACCGAAAAGAUAUCGAAAAGUACCGAAAAGAUAUCGAAAAGAACCGAAAAGAUAUCGAAAAGUACCGAAAAGAUAUCGAAAAGUAUCGAAAAGAUAUCGAAAAUACCGAUAUAUCGAAAAGUACCGAAAAGAUAUCGAAAAGUAUCGAAAAGAUAUCGAAAAGUAUCGAAAAGAUAUCGAAAAGUAGCGAAAUAAUAUCGAAAAGUAUCGAAAAGAUAUCGAAAAGUAUCGAAAAGAUAUCGAAAAAUAUCGAUAAGUAUCGAAAAGAUAUCGAUAAGUAUCGAAAAGAUAUCGAUAAGUAUCGAAAAGAUAUCGAUAAGUAUCGAAAAGAUAUAGAUAAGUUUCGAAAAGAUAUCGAAAAGUAUCGAAAAGACAUCGAAAAGUAUCGAAAAGUUAUCGAAAAGUAUCGAAAAGAUAUCGAAAAGUAUCGAAAAGUUAUCGAAAAGUAUCGAAAAGAUAUCGAAAAGUAUCGAAAAGAUAUCGAAAAGUAUCGAAAAGAUAUCGAAAAGUAUCGAAAAGAUAUCGAAAAAAAAGAUAUCGAAAAGUACCGAAAAGAUAUCGAUAAGUACCGGAAUGAUAUCGAAAAUUACCGAAAAGAUAUCGAAAAGUACCGAAAAGAUAUCGAAAAGUACCGAAAAGAUAUCGAAAAGUACCGAAAAGAUAUCGAAAAGUACCGAAAAGAUAUCGAAAAGUACCGAAAAGGUUUCGAAAAGUACCGAAAAGAUAUCGAAAAAUAUCGAAAAGUACCGAAAAGAUAUCGACAAGUACCGAAAAGAUAUCGACAAGUACCGAAAAGAUAUCGACAAGUACCGAAAAGAUAUCGAAAAGUACCGAAAAGAUAUCGAAAAGUAUCGAAAAGAUAUCGAAAAGUAUUGAAAAGAUAUCGAAAAGUAUCGCAAAGAUAUCGAAAAGUAUCGAAAAGAUAUCGAAAAUAUCGAAAAGAUAUCGAAAAGUGCCGAAAAGAUAUCCAAAAGUACCGAAAAGAUAUCCAAAAGUACCGAAAAGAUAUCGAAAAGUACCGAAAAGAUAUCGAAAAGUACCGAAAAGAUAUCGAAAAGUACCGAAAAGAUAUCAAAAGGUAUCGAAAAGAUAUCGAAAAGUAUCGAAAAGAUAUCGAAAAGUAUCGUAAAGAUAUCGAAAAGUAUCGAAAAGAUAUCGAAAAGUAUCGAUAUAUCGAAAAGUGCCGAAAAGAUAUCCAAAAGUACCGAAAAGAUAUCCAAAAGUACCGAAAAGAUAUCGAAAAGUACCGAAAAGAUAUCGAAAAGUAUCGAAAAGAUAUCGAAAAGUAUUGA